GAGGGACGCAUCACGCAGGGGUGGGGAAGCGGGAUCCGUGCGCAGGGUUGCUAAGGGUGAAACUUUUCAUUGACUUUGCUCACUUCGGGCCGGGGCGCGGGAAGGUGUGGGUGGUCGGCGGAGACAAGCGAGUGGCUUGGACGACGCGGGGCCAAAGGGGCAGGACCGCCAGCCGGCCACAGCCGGGACCGGCCUCCGCCCCGCAGCACGAGCCAUCCUCCGGUCCUCCAUCCCCGCGCCAUCGCCGCCGGCCGGUCCGCCCGCCCUCCGUCCCCCCGCCGCCAAGCCCGACCUCCAAAAAGCUGAAAGAAUUAUUAUUGCAAGUCAGCCCAUACCCCCCUCACUCGCCCCGCAACCGUCAACGAAGAAAAGGACACAUCGGCCCCGGCCCGGCGGCGUCCGGGAAGGAAAGGAAAGCGACCUCUGCCCCGCGCCCGGGACCAUCCUGGAGGGAUAAGCCGCCCCGCGGCCGGCAGACCGCCCCGCCGCCGCGGAGACCCGAGUGAAGCUGUCUAGAGCCCAAGGCUGCCCACCUUCCGUCUCCUGCCAGUGCUCUUGGCUUGUGCACGUGUGCUGCACUGAUUCUCUGCCUAGGACAGGACCAUGCAGCUGGAGAUCAAGGUGGCCCUGAACUUCAUCAUCUCCUACUUGUACAACAAGCUGCCCCGGCGUCGGGCAGACCUGUUUGGGGAGGAGCUAGAGCGGCUCUUGAAAAAGAAAUAUGAAGGCCAUUGGUACCCUGACAAGCCACUGAAGGGCUCUGGCUUCCGCUGUGUCCACAUUGGGGAGAUAGUGGACCCCGUGGUGGAGCUGGCCGCCAAGCGGAGUGGCCUGGCAGUAGAGGAUGUGCGGGCCAAUGUGCCUGAGGAGCUGAGCGUCUGGAUUGACCCUUUUGAGGUGUCCUACCAGAUUGGUGAGAAGGGGGCUGUCAAAGUGCUGUACCUGGAUGACAGCGAGGGCUGUGUUGCCCCAGAGCUGGACAAGGAGAUCAAGAGCAGCUUCAACCCUGAUGCCCAGGUAUUUGUGCCCAUCAGCAGCCAGGACAGCUCUCUGUCCAACUCCCCAUCGCCGUCCUUUGGCCAGUCGCCCAGCCCCACCUUCAUCCCCCGCUCCGCCCAACCCAUCACCUUUACCACCGCCUCCUUCGCUGCCACUAAGUUUGGCUCCACCAAGAUGAAGAAGGGUGGUGGGGCAGCAAGUGGUGGGGCUGUAGCCGGCAGUGGGGCAAGUGGCCAACAGCCCCCACAGCAGCAGCCUCGCAUGGCCCGCUCUCCCACCAACAACCUGCUGAAGCACAGGAGCCUCUCUUUGUCUAUGCAUUCACUGAACUUCAUCGCAGCCAACCCGGCCCCUCAAUCCCAGCUCUCGCCCAAUGCCAAGGAAUUUGUGUACAACGGCAGUGGUUCUCCCAGCCUCUUCUUUGAUGGGGCCGAUGGCCAGGGCAGUGGGGCCGGCACCUGCAAUAGCAGCAGCUUUGAUGUGGCCCAGGUGUUUGGAGGUGGCACCAAUAGCCUCUUCCUGGAGAAGACGCCCUUCGUGGAAGGCCUCAGCUACAACCUGAACACCAUGCAAUAUCCCAGCCAGCCGUUCCAGCCCGUCGUGCUGGCCAACUGACCACCCACCUGCCCGCGGGGCCAGGAGCACCCAAGACCACAGAAAAGAGAAAGGAAAGGAAAGGCCAAAAAAAAAAGGAAAAGAAAAAUAUACAAAAAGAUUUCCAGUCUUCUCACUCUCACAUCUAGAAAAGAGAUCCAGCCCAGGCAUGGAGGGGGAGGGGACUCCCGAAGCACCAGAUCGUGUUUAACUCAACCCCCCGCUGUUUUCCUGCCUGCCUCUGAUUUAUUUGGUUGGUUUGGGUUUUAUAUUUCUUUUUUUUUCUUUUUUUUUUUUUUUUUACGUGUAGUUUUCUAUAUAACAUCUUCAAUUAGUGGCUUCCUGUGCUAAGAAUGGUCCAGAUGUGAAUUGCUGCUCCCUGCUCCCCCUCUUCCUCCCUCCUUCACACGCCUGGUUUAGGAUUGGUGUGUCCAAGCUCACAGAGAAGGAAGAGCUGCAGCUGGGGCCUGGCCCUCCCCAGAACAGGGAGAGGCUGCCCUGUGUCACUGCCUCCGUCACCCAGCUAUCCUCUCACUCAAAGCCAUCCAACCUCAGCAGGCCUUCUUGGGCCCUGCCACCCAAAUAGGUCUGACCCCAGCCCCCACUCCCUCUCAGGCCUGGGCCACAGGGAGCUGCUGGCUGGCCACUUGACACCCUCCCCCUAGAGCUGAUGUCUGUGACUCCAGGGAGGUUAGCACUCUGUCUGGUGGAAUUCCUUUCAUCUCGGUCCUGUGGCCCCAUGCCGCCAUCCCCACCUGGCCCAGCCUGUCAUCGUGGCCCUGGAGACCCAGCUGUUGACAUAUGUGGCAUCUCUCAUGCAGCUUCUUCCCUGCCCCUGAGAUUGUAGGUAGGGAGGUAGGGCAAGUGUGCGUGUGGGUCUGUGUGUGUGCAUGCGUGCGUGUGCGUGGUUUGCUGUCCUGUUUUAAAGGAUUCCAAGCCAUGUGAAACUUUCCCUCUGGAUGUGAUUUGGGGUUGCAGCAAGUGCUUAUUUAUGUAUGAGAUUGGGGACUGGGCCGGGGGCGGGUUGUCAGUCUUUUUAUAGGGUGGUUCACGUGGUGGUGGGGUGAGACUGUGGCUGAGCCUGAGACACUCCCAGGGGAAAGCACUGCAGAAGGAACUGGUUUUCAGACUGCGGAGGGAUCUGCACUUUUGUUUGUUUCUGACCAAAAAGAAGCGGGGGUUAGCUGUGAGGGGCUGAGGGAAUACCAAGGCUCUGAUGCCUAAGAGAAGUUCCUGAACUCGGACCCUCCUGUUGUAUGACCUUAGCCCAGGGUGGGAGCUGCUCACCUGAGCACCCUGGGGGGUGGGAGUUUGGGGGUCAGUGCCUGAAGUGGGCAGUCCUGAGCCUUGAAUUGAGACUUUUUGGUCUUUUGGUUGUAGACAUUGUUUUAGUACAUUUCUGCCCCUGCCUGCUUGAGAACUUCUCGGUACCUCUUGCCAACCCCUCUCACUGCCCAACCCAACCCCACUGGGUCCUGAUGCUGUGAGGAGUGGUCUCCUGGGCAGGCUGGGCUGGACAGGCACUUGGCCAUCACAGGUGGUGUGUUUGGAUUACAGAGGAGCACUCACUCCACCCUCUGCCGGAAGAGAAGUUGUUUCUCCGACCCAACCCUAGUGGGCCAGCUUCUGUGUCAUGAUGCUUUGGCAAGUGGGGCACGUGGCAUCAAGGCCCCUGUCAUCAGAAAGUACCAAAGCCCUUGGCACCCCACCCCACCCUCCCCAGCGACCCGCACAUGGGCAACUGCUGUGGCAGUGGGUCCAGCCCAGACAGACACUGCCAGCCUCCUCCCUGCAGUGGGCACCAGCUCUACCUCCCCCAGCGGGGCACUGCCCUGGUUCCUCAGCCCAGCGCCAUCUGUCCCCCUACACUUCUCAGGGGCCGGCCCAGUCUGGGCCACCCUCUCCCCAGCUCUCAGCUCCCACACAGGUGACAGGCCCAGGCAGAUCGCUGCUCUCUGGGAAAGGUUGGAUGCUGCCUUAUGCCCUCUCCCAAGGCCCUCCUCCCACACUCACGCACACAGGUACCCGCCACACCCUGGUCUGCUUGUUUCUCACCACAUAGGGAGAGGGGGAGACCAACCCCUUAGUGUCUUUUGAAAUAUGAAGAAAAAUGUGUGUUUAGGAGCGUGACUCCAGUGCUGGGCUCUUGGGCUCGGUUCAGUCUGUCUCGUCUCAAAUCUAGGCAUUUUUGCUUCAAUUUUAUUUUUUUUUAAGAAAACAAAAAAAUCUGCACUAAUUUACCUGGUUUCGUAGGAAAACUUUUUUUUUAUUUUUUACAUUUUUUGGUGUCCGUUUGUAUUGAAUAAUUUGCUACAUUUGUAAAAUGUAAGAGGUAUAUAUAAUAUAUGUAUAUUUCUAACGUAAAAAACGUAAUUUUUUUCUUUUCAAGAUUUUUUCUUAAAAAGAGGAGAGAAACAGAUAUUUUUUCAGGAAAAACAAACUUUAAAAUAAAAAAAGAGGAGAAUAAAACUGAUUUCUCCCCUUUCCCCAUCCUCUCUCUAUCUAUCCCUCUUUCCCAGGAACAAAUCAAAAGGUGGAUUGUCUUGUAAAGAAUGUAAGCUUUUAGUCCAGAAUGAUGUAUUUUUCUCAAUGCAGUGAGCUACAGAUUCUCUAGUUUGACCCCUAGGGAUGGGAAGGGGGGCAUUGAGGCAAUGUGGAGAGGAGCUUGGGGGAGCAGGGUAAUGAACUUGUUUUCUUUAGUGAAGGAGGAAUACAAUCAAGCAUUUUGUAUUCAGAAUGUUGUGCAAUAUUUUGGAAUGGGACAUUGGUGUGUUUAGAGGUUUAGUUUAAAAACAAAACAAAAAGAUUGAUCAAAUCUGUACAGUUUAUAUUGUUCCAGAUUUUUUUAAGUUUGUAUUAAAAGCAUGAUAUAUAAUAGC